CUUCAAUUCUUAGCUUUUGACAAUUGUGUCUCACGUGCGAUUUAUAAUUCAGUGUUGGCUGAAAGCAGAACGUCAUCAAAAUUUUUAAAAAGAAAAAGUGUAUUAUUCACCCCGGUUCACAACAAGUAUUUAUUUUUGUAAAGGAAAUUCCAAUUUUCAACAGUCAUCAUCAUGUCGUCUGAUUUUCAAAUGACAGAUGCAUUGAAAUUUUUGUCAUUGAUUUUAUUAUUAUUUUGUGAUUCUUUUCUCAAAUGUGAAGCAAAAUUGAAAGACGGUGAUUGCGAAGUAUGCAUCAAAAGUUUAGAAGCUUUUACAGCACAGAUUACUGAUGACAUUAGAAAAGAUGAAAAUAAACUUGAUGUUGCCUUUAGGAAGUUUUGCAAGGACCUCAAACAUGUUAAAGGCAAAGACAGGUCUAAAGAUGAACGAUUUUGUUAUUAUUUGGGAGGCCUUGAGGAAUCAGCCACUGGAAUCUUGCAGAAAGUUUUGAGGCCGAUCAGCUUCUUUAAACCAUUAGAAAAAAUAUGUGAAGACCUCAAAAAGAUGGAUUCCCAGAUCUGUGAACUAAAAUAUGAAAAACAGAUUGAUUUAGUGAAUGUGAACCUGAAAAAGUUGAAGGUUAAGGACCUGAAGAAGAUUCUGUCUGACUGGGACCAGGACCAAGCCUGCAAGGGGUGCGCGGAGAAAUCCGACUUUAUUAAGAAGAUCGAAGAACUCAUGCCCAUAUAUGCCCCCGAGGCUGCAAAGAAACGAGAGGAACUUUGAUAAUAAUUUGUUGUUAGCGUUACUAUUUAUUAAAGAUUACCAUGGAACAACAUUAUUACACAUGCAUUCAUUUUUCUGAGGGAUAUUCCAGAAAUAAGUUAAAAUCUGUAUGAUGUGUGUAUGUAUGGAAGGCAUUUGUAUUAAAUUUUGGUGUGUCGGUAGGUGGAUGUUUGUUUAUAUGUCUGAAUUUGACAGUUUAGAAUAGGGGUUGUGGAGGUGUAAACUUGAUUUGUUUGUAAUAUUAGUGGGUCAGUGGGUUAACAUGACAAGUGCCAUUCACCAAUUCCACUCCCAUUUCUUGGACAUUUAUUUCUGGAAUAACUCUUAGUAACAUAGUGAAGAUGCAGUUCAUCUAGUUAAAAAAAAGAAGAUAAAUGAUCUUGUUAAAAAGAAAAAAUCAUGUUCUGACCCCAUGUAAAUAAAAGUUUCCUUACAUUACAAAUUUCAGUUAAGUUAUCUGGUCUGAAAUUUUAAGUUGUCAAAUUGUUUGGGAAUUAUACGCAAGAGUUCAUGGAUUGGGGAAUGAAAUUGAAGAAACAAUGCUUUAUGAGGGUUUUAGUUUGUCCAUAAUGGGCACCUUAGUGCCCUGCAAAAGUAAUGUAACAAUAAAUCUGUAAGAAAAUUGAAACUUUGUACAAAGUCCAAUAUUUGUGAUGUUUUUGUUAUUUGUUGCAUGAUAAAAUAAAUGAAUUUACUUACAAAUUUCAUGUUUGUGACUAGAUAGCUAGAAAUGUAAGUAAAAGUUAUAUAGUUGCCAUAUGUUGAUAAUGUAUUCAUUUUGCUCUUAUGGAAAGAAACAUGAAAAAUGGUGGUGAUAUUCGAUAUAAUGUUGAACAUGAGUUAACAUCUUGAGGCCCACAUAACCUAAUAGAUAAGAACACUUUAGAAAAAUGUAUUAAUAAAUGUACAUGCCUUCAAGGAAUAUAGUGUGUGUUAAUUUCAAAUCUGUUAAUUCUACUAUUAAAUGUCUCUUAAACGUUUUGUGACCACUCCCGUAAACUAUGGCAGAUUUUGGAAACUCUUUAAAACUGAUCUUAAAGUCGCUGAUCCUGCUUAUUAGGCAGUGUAAAAUAUUGUCAGCUAUUACACCUUUUUCCUUAUUCACAUCAUUACAUUUCACUUCAAACUGAUGUCGCACCAAAUUAAUUUUAGGCUAAAUAUAAAACAAUAUAUGUAUAUUCCUUGGAAACUAGUUUUCAUCUUUCAAAAAUGUAUUAUACUAUUUAUAGUCAUUGUAAAAUCUAUAUCAGAUUUAUAUUCUACUUUUGUGUUCAUGUUUUGUAAUCUGCAGUAAAACUCCCUUGAUAGAAAUGUGAUCAUCAAUGCAUCUUGGGUAGAUUCAUGGCACAUAUCACAUUAAGUGAAUAUGUGAACAAAUUUUAUUGGACAAAUGUUUUAUUAAGCCCUGCUACAUUGUUCAUAAUAAACAAUGGAUUGACUAACUUCUGAACUUGUUGAUUCUCGACUUGUUGGCCUUAGCUAUGAAGUAAGAUUGAUCCAGGCUGCAUGUGAUCAUUGUGAACAAAUGAGUUUGCCAACUGUCCUAAAUGGUAGUGAGUAUAUCACUGGCCCGACUACCAGUAGGUACUGGGGUUUCAUAUAUUGAUAUAUAUAUUAUCCACAUAGUGUGUCAUAAUGAUUUCACGUGCACAACGAAUGAUGUAAUUUUGGGAAGCGAAGUCAUAACAUAAUGCAGCUUCCCCAGUCUUAGCUCUCCUCUGUAAGGCUCGUCAUUUUGUUGUCUCGUUCUAAUUACGUUUUGACAUGGUCCUAGCUUGUUGUUUAUAAAAAUAAUGUGGAUAAUAAAGAAAUUAUUACACACUCAUGUGAGUCGUACUGAUUUUAUGAGUCUCCUCAGGAUUCACUUUCACUUGGCAGUACAAUAAUCCUAACACUCAUUUCCAGUGUUUCUGCCAGAUAAAAAAAAAUCUGCAAAACAAUUUGGGUAUGGUGCCAUACCCAUUUUACCCUCUGGCAGAAACCCCAAACUUUUGUAAAAUCAGUAUAACACACAAGCUCAUAUGAUAAGCUCUAUGUAUAUACACGUAUGUGAAUUCUAUACCGCAUGGAAUGGUUGUACUUGGCAAACUACACACUAUGGAUAAAUCCAAUCAUUAAAAGUUGUGCAAGUUUGAGUAGACUCAAAUUGAGUCACAAGAAUUGCUCACACUAUCAACUAAAUCUGGGAAAAUCAUAAAGUUUGUGAGUUAGUCAGCCUGUUUAGUAGGAUCCAUACUUGGCUGCAGGCUUUACAUGGCUUGGUUUACAAAGGAUCUGCAACAUGUUUUUGGACAUAGACUCUAGCUAUCGUUAAAUAAACAACAUGCUAAUUAAAAGUAUAUUCCACAGAAAGGCAUAUAUUUAUGUACUGAUUUCUUCUUUAUUUAAAUUUUUUAUUUUAACAUAACCCGGUUUUAUCCUGUGCUUUAAUUUAUGUCCUGGUUUUAUCCUGCGCUUGAAUUUUUCUCCGUCCAUAAAAACAAUACGUGUAUGACAUGAUUUAUAAGCUGUCAGAAAGUCUCAUAAUGUUUACCACUUUAAUUAUUAGUUACUAUUCUCAUUGUUAUUCAUACACUUGUUUCAAAAGUGAUAAAAAUGGAAUAGAUAUUAUUCCCCCAAAAUAUUAAGUGCAUUCUCAAACCGUGCACUUGAGAAGUCAUACAUCAUGGUUUAAAUCUUGAACAAAGUGCAACUACUUGCCAUCUUGUUAUUCGUUAAUCAACACUUCUUUUCUUUUUUUUAAAUAAAUAAAUCUGGACUGUUAACUUGGUUGCUCCAGUUUUUAAUUUUAAUAACCAUGCAUCUUACUGGUAUCAGGCUUGUCAUUAAAUAAUAAAACAUUCCUUCCUUUCUUAUUAAUAUCGAUGGUGGUUUUGGUGUUUUUAAUUUUUACAUUGACAGCUGUAUGUGCUAAUCUUCUCUCAGACUAGAACAGAGGCUCCGUCUCUGGACCCUUACUUAAUUUAACUUUCCUCGAGUGUCACCAUUUGAGAAAAGCAGACAGUUUACAAGGAAGACAUAGUCAUUUAUCAUAAUAUGCUACAUUAGCAUUUUAAAGAAUGAUGAGGAAAAAUGUGAGGGGUGUGCAAAUGCAUCCAUGGUCAUACCAAUGUGUUGUCGUCUUCAAUAGAGGCCAACUCUUACUUUCGUUGUCUUAAAGAGUCUACAGAAUUUAUUUGUCAGCUUUUUCUUGUUUUUUGGCUGUGCAACGUCUAGUCUUGAAGGAUACAUCGUACCAAUUUGUAAUUUUAUUAUGCCCCAAGUUCAUUGUUUCUGGUUUCAGUUUUGUCUGCAGUUCUUUUAAUAGGAUUGAGCACCACACACACACACACACACACACACACACACACACACACACACACACACACACACACACACACACACACACACACCCACACACACACACACACAACUUUGAAGCCAAGAUGGUCGUGUGUUGGCCCAACUUUUGUUGAAAUGCAAAUUAACACACCUCCCCCACCCUCACUCUCCAGUUGCUGGCAGCUUCUGCCGUCUAUGAUUUAUGUUAAAAUAUGUCCCAACAGUUUGGUUUAAAAAAACAAAAAACAUACUCUUUAUGCUUUAUUCUAUGUCUCUAUAUAUCAAAUGUCUCUUUUAAGCAUUCUCCAGUUACUAAUUCCUUAAAGAAAUAUCUUUUGGGUUCUGUUUUUAACCGGUUCAUUGACAUACUGAAAUUGUUACUUACAAUGCUGAAAAUGCCUCGCUAAACAGCUGUUGGAGAGAUCACGCAAGAUUUGUAUCAUCACAUAGCAAUAUCACUUGUGGGAGAUUGAUUUAAAGACAUCCGAUUGGCUGUUAAAGACGAAGCAACAUUGACUAAUGAAACCAACACUAUUGAAACAUGUAACUGCUCUAGACAGGUCGUUUAAAAACGCAUCCUUGCUUUCACUUGUUAUAUAUAUUUUGAAACAAGUUGUAAGGCAAGUGGUAUUUAACAACCACUCUGGAGUAGUCUACAACUUGUGGUAACACAUCGUACAUGUAGAUAGUGUUCAUCUAUUGAGACCCGAAAGAUUUUGUAAUGAGCUAAUUUUUGUCACCAAUACUAAAUCCAUGUGUGCAUGUUAAUUUUAUUUGAAAUUGGACAAAAAUAACAUCAUUGCAUUUCAUACACACAACUUGUUUUUACGUGUCCAUUAUUCUCACAUUGAUGUACAUAUAAGUACAUACCCAUUUGUGUGGGUGAAAAUAUAAUGCCAGAAAAACUUUGUACAGUGUACAAAUACAUUUUGUUAUUUUAUUUGAAGAGGUAGUAUGUUCAAUAAAUUUUUCAUUAUA